AUGAGCUGCAUUUGAGUGUGCUCGGAAAUCCCAGAAAAUUCACUCAAAAAUUCACUCUUCUAAUUUAUCUUUCUUUCAAUAAAACACAGUUAAAAGUGGGCAUAUUUCAGACAUAGUUGCAAAUGGUAAUUAAUCGUGAUUAAUUGAAAACAGCAAUUGUCUGAAUUAAACGUGAUUAAAUGUUUUAAUCAUUUGCCAGCCUUAUUGAUGAUUUGUGCUAGUAUUUGUGCAAUUAAUUUACUAUUAGUAGUAGUCGUGAUAAUGGCACCCUAUUUGUGUAUUAGUAAUAGUAAUGGUGGUCUAUAAAGUAUACAUAUUUUUAGUAGUAGAUACCUAUUAAUACUUGGCUAAUAAAUGGCUAUCAUUUAUUGAAGUAAUAUUGUUUUAUAUUGAUAGUAAUAUAUUUCUGCAUUGUAAUUAUUACUAGUGAUACAUUUCGUUAGCUAUAGUAAUUUUCUAUAUAGGUAAUUGAAUAGUAAUACUUAGUAGUAUACUGUAACUGUCAAACACAGACUCUAAAACGUCUACAGACAUCUGGAGGUCCCGGAAGGUAAUCGAGUGUUCGGGAUUCAUCGGUAAACUUCGGCGAGGUCAAGGAGAGGAAGUCGCAGCCCAUGUUAGGAAAUGUUUCCCGGGGCAGUCAGCUGCACUCAGCAGUGUGUCGCGCGGUCACUUCCACGGAGGUCCAUUGUAGAAAAUCCCACUUGAAAAAAAUAUCGACUACAUUUACGACGCCACCGUCAUGGCUCAAGCUAAAAUACAAGCCAAACUCAACGAGGUGUCCUGCAGCAAGUUCAACAGAACUUUGUCUAUGGCGGACCGGGCUGGACAACUUUUGGCCGGUUUGGAUCAACUGGAGAUAAGGGUGGAGGCUUUACGGGAAGCAGCCUCGGCCAUGGAGCAGGAGAGGGAGUGCAUCCUGGAAAUGAUUCAAUCUUUACAAAACAGUCAAGAAAUGCACAACAUCAGUGCUGGCGAGAAAGAAGAGUUAACACUGACUGCCGAGCGUCUACUGGGUCGUACGUUGUCGGUGGAGAUCAACGUGGGCACCAUCAGGAGCAGCCAGCAGGAGGAGGCCCUGCGCAAGGCCACGUCUAUCAUCGACGACAUCGUUGAAAAGCUCCUGGCAGACAUGGCUGGCUCCAGGCAGCGGCUCCUGGCGCUGCACUCGGCCUGCGUGACCGAGGCGCCGCCCGUGCCCGUCGACCAGAAGUUUCAAGCCAUUGUGAUCAGCUGCGCUCUGGAGGACCAGAAGAAGAUCAAGAGAAGGCUGGAGAUGCUGCUGAGGAACGUUGAGAACGCACAGAAAAAUAUUAAGAUCAUGGACCACCAUAAGGUAGAGCAUCCAAAAGCCAAUGGCAGUCAAUGAGGUCACAUCCGAUCUCCUGCAGCCUCUUCAGAUGCACCAAUACUCAGACCCACGUUUGUUUUGUACCUGGGGGCCAAACAUCUAGCAUGCAGAAGUGAUUUCCUAGCAUGUUCAUUUUUGGGCUUGCAUGAAUUACUUUUUGUAUGAAGCCAAUUCAUAGUCGCAUUCAUUUCAAGAUUUCAGCACGUAUUUGCAGAAAGAUGUUUUUGUCUGAAUGUAUCAUGUGGUUCUAAUAAAAUGACACCACGUAUAUUUGUCUAUUGUCUAUGCUCUAUUAUGGACUACAGAGAGUAUCAGGC